CACAACAUCCUCUCACACAUACAACAACAACAGAUCGAUCGAGCGGAUCCAAGCCAAUGGCAACCAAGAGCCUUCUUCUCGCCGCCCUCCUGGUCCUCGCCGUCAGCCUGGCGCCGCACGGUGCGGAGGCGGCGGGCAAGCAGCCGCCAUUAGCAAUGAUCUCCGGCGUGGUGCCAUGCAGCGCCGGGAACUCCAUCAACGCAGCCGCGGUUCCGCCAUUCCCGAACGCUGCUGUGCAGAUGGUGUGCGGCCGUGAUGUGAUGGCCAGCGCGACGGCGGACCGCAGCGGAACGUACACAAUGAACAUGGGCCCGGCCACCUCGUCGCUGCUCGCCCCUCUACUCGGCAACCAGUGCAAGGUGGUGGUGCUCACCCCGUUGGCCGCAUGCAACGCGUCCCUAGCGAGCGUCACCGGAACGUUGACCGCACCCGUGCAGCUCCUGGGUAUUGACAGUGGCAGUGGCAGCGGCAGCGGCGGCCUCGGGGGGCUUGGCGGCCUAAUUGGCCUCAUUGGCCAGAUCGUGGGCGGCCUCCUCGGCGGCAUCCUUAACAUCAUCCCAUUGCCCUUCUCUGUCGUCUAGAUGCUUGACUACAACCGGCGUGUCGAUCGACGAUAUGGCGAACCUAAAUAAUACUCCUAUACUACAGUACUUGCCAACCUACCAAAGUAUCCAAUGGUCAAAGAUUUCCGCGUUAUUUUUAUAUGUAAAAUCUACUCAUGUGGUAUGUGUUACCGCUUCUAAGAAGCACAAAAGUAAGCAUAUCACGUAAUACUCCGAGUGUGUGUCGUGUGAUCUAUGUUCGUUUGUGAAAAAUAAAGCUAUGUCUGUGAUCGUACUAUGUGAUUAAUUA